AUGAGCAAUAUUUCAAGGACUGGUAACAGCACCACCCAGGCUUGUGCAGCUUGCAAAUACCAACGCAGGAAGUGCGCUCCUGACUGCAUUCUCGCCCCUUAUUUCCCUCACAAUCGCCAGAGACAAUUCCUCAAUGCCCAUAAAUUGUUUGGUGUCAGCAACAUUAGCAAGAUCAUCAAGAACCUUAACCCUCCCGAGAAGGACGAAGCCAUGCGUACCAUCAUCUUUCAAUCAGAUGUCCGAGCUAAUGAUCCCGUCGGAGGAUGUUAUCGAAUGAUUCGAGAACUCCAACGUCAAAUUGAAUACACUAGGGCUGAACUUGAUUUUGUUCUUCAUCAACUUGCUAUAUAUCGUGCCCAGGCUGCAGCCCAACAACAGACUCAAUUGAUCCAAGCACAAGCAGCAGCAGCUGCCGCUGCCGCAGCCCCUGAUCAUCAGAGCGAUCAUGACUGCCAAAGUAUCAUUAUUACAGAUACUUUCGACAUGUACGAUCCAGUCAUGCAGUAUCAUGAUCAAUACCCACAAGAACAUCAAGAUCAACAAGAAUUUAUUAUUCACAAUCCAGAUAAUAAUCAACUACAUUUACAAGAUCAAGAUCCUGCAAAUGCAUGGGCCACCGCGGCCAACGUGCAGGAUAUUUCUAACUUGUCGAUAUCAUCAUCGCCUAAUUACUUAGAUGAUCAGCUUAAGCAAGCCUAUAAUGGUGAUGAUCACUGUAGUACGCAAGAUGAUAAUUUGAAGCCGAUUCUUGAUGUGAACGACGACGUCAACUUUGAGCCUGAUGAUCAAGAUCAGGUAGUAGAUAUGAGGUUUGUGCCAUCCACGCAGUUACUUAUGUCAUCGUAG